AAAAAAUGCCAGCACAACUGAGCAAAUUCAUCGACGUACAGUGUAAGGAAUACUCGCAUCAUUGGACUAAUUCCUGCGUGGCUGCAGCAGCCGGUCUUGGCAUAGAUGCUAUCCCACAAUGUCUAAAGUUAUAUGCUACCGUUUAUAUAAUAUAAGACAGUUCUAUCGUUACUUUUUUUGUGAAAAAUAACGGUAAGUGUUAUUUUAAAAAACACGUGCGUACGCUUACUGUAACAGAGCAAUUCGUAAUCCAUGAUAAAGAGUAAUAAAUAGAAUUUCACUCUGCCUCUUAUAAGACUUAUUAACAUAUUUGCUUCGUCAACUGAUAAAUGAUUGUCAAUUUUCUACACUACGCAAUUUUCUCUUUGCAUUUAAAAAGAUCCUUUGUAACUAAUAUUUGUAUAUUAAUUAUUCUAAUUGAACGAACAAAAUUAUGAGAAUCAUCGACAUUCAAUCUCUACCUUGAUCGAUAUAUUUUUAGGCUGCACUUUUAAUGAAAGGAAAGAUACCAUCUAAAGAAGAUAUUAAAAAAACGAUAUUGGGUCUUUUACAAUCAACAGCUUUCCUCUCAUGGAGCGGUUUCUCGUAUUCCGCAUUUAUUUGCAUUUUAAGACGAAUACUUGGAAACUUCAAUUUUCUGACUGUAUCAUUUCUUCCAUCCUUCUUAUCUAGUCUAACAGCUAUUGUUAUUGAGAGACCAUCAAGACGCCCUUUAUUAAGUUUAUAUGUAGCUAAUCUUGCAACAGAAACAUUAUUUAGAAUGGGCAUAGCAAGAGGUCAUUAUACUCCUAUCCCUCAAGGUGGAACUUAUAUUUUUGCUACAAGCAUAACAUUAUUACUUUAUUUUUAUCGUUCUAGACCAAAUAAAGAACCUUCCAUGUAUAGAAUAUUUAGAAUUCUUGUUGGAAAAUAUGAGGAGUGUGGUUACCUUGUAGAAAAGAACAAUUUGCAUUGUGAUACACAAAUAUGCUCUGCUGAUGAAGGUAGUGCUAGUGGAAGUUCAAUAGAAAAGCAUGGUGUAAAUAAAAAAUCUCAUAAAAAAAAUCUUAAUAUAUUUAUGAAAUCCCUUAAAAUAUAUAGGAAAAUUAUAGAAAGAUUAAAACUUCAAGGAAAACAUAGUUCCUGCCCACAUCCUUUUAGUUGUGCUCAUUAUAUACUAAAGGGUGGCAUGGAAGUAUUUAGUUAUGCUCUAAGUGCUCAAUUAGUGAUUAACUUGUUCUUUGGCAUGAAGAAAUUACUUACGAAACCACCUUUGAUAAAAUCAAUGAUUUUCAAAAAGAACAAUCUAAAUUUGCCUAUAUUUUUAGGUGGUUUUGCAGGUCUUUAUAGGCUAGUAUCCUGUUUGUUGAGAAGAUUCUUAGAAAAAGAUUCUCCUUACCACGCAAUUCCUGCUGGAUUUAUUGGUGGUUUAACAUUUAUGUUUUAUAGUAAUAAUACAGUAGCUCUAUAUUUUAUGUGGAAAGCAUUGCAGUUGUCAUGGAAUGAUCUUGUGGAAAAAAAUGUAGUACCUGAAAUAAAGUGGUUUGUAAUCUUUUUAUACUGCUUUUGUACAGCAAUACUCUUCCAUGCAGCAAUCCUUGAGCCACAACUCUUGAGGUCUUCUUAUUGGAAAUUUUUAUAUGCUGUAUCUGGUGGAAGAAUAGCAGUAAUGUCUCGAGUGUCAUUAGACGCAUUUGGUUUGGAAUCAACUAAACAUCUUGCAGAUGUACUCAGAAAAACUAAUACUACUGAUAAGAAAACUUUUGCUUUUUAAUUGAAAAAAAAAAAGAAUGGGAAAAGAAGGAACUAUAUUGAUCGUUGUUAUUAUUUAAGUAAAGUAUCGGGGAACUAACGAGAGAAUUCAAAAUGUUUGUUUCUGCAUAAAAAAUAUAAAAGAAGUCGCAAAAGUAUGCACGCUGUUGGGUACACGUGCACUCAAGUAAAGGUCGUGGACACCCGAGCCCAAGAGACACCAUGAAGUAAGGGGAAUGCUUCUUACCUAAAAAAAGGGGGAACGGGGAACGUAUACUGUGCGUCAGUACUGUUUGGAUUGUUCAGUAGUUUGUAGAGAUCUUUCUCCAUUUCAUUUUUGUAUCGUUAUGUGAAAUUUCAGUUGACAUCACAUUAUACACAAAAUGUAUAUGUUAGUAAAUAUGAUUCCGUUCCGUGAAAAUAUGUUGAUAUUUUUUUUAUAUUAUCAACGCGUACAAGAGGACAGUCUUGUGCAAGAGGCUUCAUCCAUGAACUGUAUUGCCGUAGGCGGAGUCAAUUCUAUUCCCCUUCCCUCAUGGUACCCCUUAAAUGUUAGAAAUGAUACUUUGGUAUACGUGUACUUAAUAAAUAUUCGUAUCGACUUCUUUAAAACAGGAAACAGUAAAAUGCUUUUAUGCAAAUACGUAACAGAUAUAAUAGGCAAUAAUUUCAUAAAAAAUUGUGUUCCAAAAGUUAAGAUUGAAUAUUUAUUAGGUACGUUUGCACUUGUAUAGUCCGUGGCGAUAUAGGAGUACCGUGAGGCAAGGGGAAUGUCUUGACUCCGCCUACAGUGCACAUAUUCUCUCAUCGAUAUGGAAUGGGAAACGCUCCCCUGACCCCAUAAUACACCGAGAAUAUCCAUCACUGUGCUCGAGUGCACGCGUACCGAACGAAUACACAUCCGAUCUAUAUUUUGAUGUGACAUUACUGUCAUUACCCGUUUCACAUGUACGAUUAAUUUCAAGACAUUUUGCAUACCUCAAAAGUAUGAAGAAAAAAUGAAUGAAAAAAAGUAUGAUGAAAAAAUAUAUAUUAAUAAAAUAGUUACCAAAGAAACAAACAUACAUAUAUAAUAAACUUUUGUAUUGCUAAAAUUUUACAAUAUUCAUGUACAACUCUAGAAUUAGACUCAUUAAAUUAUAUUUAAAAUGAUUAUUCGGUAAUGUUAUAAAAAUUUACUAUAUCAUAGAUAUUUGUUCAUUCUUGUUCAAUACAUCUGUGAUGUUAAUAUAGUUCGUUUAAUUUAAAAAUUUUGUACAUUUAUAUAAUAUAUGUCUAUGUGUAUAGGAAAUGUAAAAUUAUUAUUUUAUGAACAAGCUGUUACAAAAUAAUGUAGAUAUUCUUCUAAGAAUGUACAAAGAUCUUUUUCAUAUAC